UUUCGUCCACCACCACUACUACUACCACCACCACUACUACUACCACCACCACUACUACUACCACCACCACCACCAUCCCACGCACACGCAGCCAUACACAGUCCAUGAUCACGCGAAGCUGUCAAAUACUCAUAUGCCUGUCCAAUACCAGCCACCCCAUGAUACGCCCUGCUUGUUGCUCAACAGGGUUCACCGCCUCGUGCCGUAAAGGGUGUGCUGCUACUCUCCUGUACCAUGCGACCCAGGGUCCAGUGCCUGUUUUGUGUCUUUUUCCUAUAUUUCUGCAUAGUCACUCACCACAACAACUCCACUUAGUAUUCUUCUUGUUUCCUUGUUUUAUGAGCGUGAACUUCCCCUUCAUCUCGAUCUCCUUCUUAUCUGCCGAUCUUGUGUAUGCAAUCGUCGUUGCCGUCUCGCACGCACGAACGAACGCACAAACGCAGGUACACACGCAGGGCACACCAUUAGGUCUCAGGUGAACGAUCGGUCGCGUCUGAGUGAUCGCCGCCUCCCGUGCACCCCUUCAAUGAGGUACACCCACGCGCGGCUCUGCUGAGUCCGCGUAUGCUCCGGUCACCGCUAUAUAUUUGCGCGUGAGGAACGUUCUGCUGCGACUACAUAUUGCUCCCUGCCGCCACCAGAUUGGCCCCCUUCUACCUCCCAAGUUC